UAUAAACUGCCUAAACAAUUAAAGACAUGCCGAAACCCAUUAUAAUGAUCCACACACAGCAAGUGAGUUCCAUUAAAAAGAAACCAAGAAACAAUGAAGAACCUCUCGAGGAACAAGUUUUUGCUUUGUUUUAGACCCGUCGUCGAUAUGGACCUCAUGCGCCUCGAAUCCAAACCCGCCGCCGCCGUCGUUAACCGUCCCGCCUUUACGUGCGUCGCCGGCGUUCAAAGCAAGGAGGAUUUUUCGAAGCCUUCGACGGCGAACUCCUCCGUUUCGGAUGAGGAAAAAUCGAUCGCUGUUCAUAGUGGGGGAAAGAAAACGCUUUCCAAAGUGAUCAAAGCUGUUGUUUUCGAAACAGUAUUGGCUCACAGGAUUCGAGAUAGAAACAGAAAAAAUGAAUCCAAAAACAGAGUAUUGACUGGAAAGCUAAUUCAAUCCACAAUAUCAUCAUCAUCAUCAUCAUCAUCAUCAUCUUCUUCUUCUUCACCGUUAACACCAAACACAAUACAGAAAACAGAGACGAAACAUCAACAAAGCGGCUGCAACGAAUCGAAACCGAAACAAGAAAGGAUCGAUAAGGGUUUUUCGUGUUCAAAAAACAGAGCCAUGUCUCUGUUCUUGAUUUGUUUGGCAAUGACGAUUUUCUGGGGAAAAUUGGUUGCUAUAAUGUUGACAUCAAUUUGGCUUUACUUUCUCCAUCAUAGUGGGGUUGAUGUAAAAAUGGAAACCAUUAAAAGAAGGGGUGAAAAGGAGCCAGAAGAAAAGGUGGUCAUUAAUGGAAGCAAAAACAGGGAGAGGGUAUUAAAUUUUGGGGGUUGAAAAUUUUCGUUUUCGUGUAUGAUGGACUGAUGAUCUCUAUAAUUUUAUCUGACUAUUUUUAUAGAUAAAGUUCAAAUCAGUUUCUUGUUUA